AAAGAUCAAUGUGUGCCAGACUUUCAUGGAUGGAAGGAAACCAUAUCCCAGACAUCAUUACCCAGAAACCUCAGAUUUGCAUAUCACAAUCAGAAGGUGCUGGGUGUUUUCACCACAGGGGUCAUUCCUGCAGGUACCCACUUUGGCCCGCUGCUCGGAGAACAUCUUCACCCUGAACAUUUGCCUGCAAACAUCCACGGAAAACACAUCUGGAUGAUCUUCUCAGACGGGCGAUUGCAUCACUUCUUGUCUUGUGAGGAUGAGAGAAGCAGCAACUGGAUGCGCUUUGUAAACUAUGCCCCGUCUCCUUGGCAACAGAAUCUUUCUGCAUUCCAAAUUGGAAUGCAGAUUUACUUCUAUGCCAUGAAGGUUCUAAUGCCGGGGGAGGAGCUACUGGUGGGGCGGAGCCUAAACCAUGAGCAGCCAAUGAGCAACAGCCUCAGAACUGCCUAUCUAAAACAGCCACUUCCCACACACUCUCAUUCUCAGCAUAAAGAUCAAGUGAGGAGGAGAAAGCGAGGUCACACGGUCACUGAAAUCCUGGAUCUGGAUCGCCGGACUGAUCAUCACACAGAAACUCUUCCAAACAAACCGUUUAACUCCAUCACACAAACGAAAUAUGGGGAAAAAGUGAACAGAGACCUGCAGAAUCCAAAAUUACCUCAGUUUUUAAUGACUAAUGCCAUCUCUGAGGUCUCUUUAAACUUGAAAAUGGCAUCUAGUGUAGGGAAGCAUGUAUACACCUCUGCUAUCCCACAGUCCUCUGUGCCAAUGUAUAUAUGGCCUGUUAUUAAAUACAUGCCGUCACAUCAGCCAGUGGGUUUGGGCAGAACAACACCACACAUGUCCUAUAAUAUUCCACCAAUCCACAUGUAUCCAUCUCUCUUGCAUCCAACAUCCAAUAAGAAUCAUCUGUCAUUAGCGUUGACCAGUAGAGGCGACUCCAUAAUUAAAGUAACAGACUCUGUAAAGAGAGAAACGAAUCGGAAAGGCUCUACAAACCAACCGCCAGCCCUCACUAAAGCAACCGAUUCGUCUCCGACUGAAGUGUCCAGUGCAGAUGACAUCACAGCCCAGAGAGACUCAGCUGAGAUGGGCGUGGCUUCCUCGGGUGUCUCCGCCUCCGCCAGUCACAGCACAGAGUCUCAGGCUGGCCAAAAGCAACAGAUUGUAGGUUACAAGUCUUUACCGUAUCCAUUACAGAGACAGAAUGGAAAGAUCCAGUAUAAGUGUAACGUGUGCGGAAAGAACUUCAGUCAACUGUCCAAUCUGAAGGUGCACCUGAGGGUUCACAGCGGUGAGAAACCAUACAAGUGCAAUAUCUGCAGGAGGAACUUUUCCCAGCUAGCUCACCUUCAAAAGCACAUCCAGGUUCAUACAGGAGAGAAACCACAUGAAUGCCAGGUGUGUAACAGGCGCUUCAGCAGCUGCAGUAACCUGAAGACUCACCUGCGGCUGCACUCGGGCGAAUCCAAAGGUUUGAUCUGAGAGAAGGUGCAGCGAAGCUUGAGGAUGCCAUGGAGGCGGAGUCUAUCAAGAAGAUGUGUCAGGUGUUCUGGCCGGUUGCAGCUCCACCUGUUGUCCAGCAGGGAGCAACACAAGCCCAAACAGUAGUGACACCUGAUUCAUCCAUCUCUCUUUCUCCAGAGAUUUCCAUUAGACAGAAAAAAGGAGAUCAGUAAAUUGUCUGAUAUAUUAUUGUUGAAUUAAAUUAGCACUUUUAUUCAGCAAGGAUGCAUUCAAUUGAUCUAAAACUAACAGUAAAGACAUUUAUAAUGUCACAUUAUAUAUAUAAUUCAAAUAAAUGCUGUUUGUUUGAACUUUCUAUUUUUUUAGAAUC